GGCGUGGCGUGUGCCGGGCGCCUCUCCCUGGGCCUGGCUUCCGCUCGGGGCUCAGUCGGGAGGAAGAUGGCGAAGACGUACGACUACCUGUUCAAGCUGCUGCUGAUCGGGGACUCGGGCGUGGGCAAGACCUGCCUGCUCUUCCGCUUCAGCGAGGACGCCUUCAACACCACCUUCAUCUCCACCAUCGGAAUCGAUUUCAAAAUCCGGACAAUAGAACUAGAUGGGAAGAAAAUCAAGCUACAGAUAUGGGACACUGCAGGCCAGGAAAGGUUUCGCACCAUCACGACCGCCUACUACCGAGGAGCCAUGGGAAUAAUGCUGGUCUACGACAUCACCAACGAAAAGUCUUUCGACAACAUUAAAAACUGGAUACGGAACAUCGAAGAGCACGCGUCCUCGGACGUAGAAAGGAUGAUCCUCGGCAACAAGUGCGACAUGAACGAGAAGAGACAAGUUUCGAAAGAAAAAGGGGAAAAGUUAGCGAUCGACUACGGCAUCAAGUUCCUGGAGACCAGCGCGAAGUCCAGCAUCAACGUGGAAGAGGCGUUCUUCACUCUCGCACGGGACAUAAUGACAAAACUCAACAGAAAAAUGAACGACAACAGUCCGGCAGGCGCCAGCGGUCCGGUGAAAAUCACAGAAAACAGAUCAAAGAAGAGCAGCUUCUUCCGGUGCACGCUGCUUUGAUGAACUCCUAAUCCUAAUAGACUGCAGCCUACCUAGAACGAAGGAACGAGAGAACGGAACGAAAGACCCACCCCAGCCACCCACCCUUUUCUGCUUCCCGGCAGCUGCUGCUGAGAGCUCUGUGGGAGACGUAGAGCGCGCUAAGGCCCCGGGCAUGGAUUUUAGUGGGCUCUGCUCCCCGAGGCGGCCGCGAAGCCUUCCUGCGCAGGCGAGGGAGAGAGAGAGUGACGCCCGCCUCCUUCCUCCUCCUCCUCCUCCUUCACCAUCCUCACUUUGUCUCACUGCCUGCUACCGAAGCUGCUGAGUUGUCUUGUUUUGUCUCCUUUGCACACCUUCUGUUGCCCGCACAGUCUUAACACUGGGGUGUGUGUAUGUGUGUGUCGCACAGUUUUUUGUCUGGGGAGUUUGGCAGGUCAUCGAUCCACGGUUUCUGUUCUUUUCCAGCCGUGAAAGGACCUCAACGGAUCUCUCUCCCAUCACGAUCGGGUCUCAGUUCUCCUGUCGUUGUUGUUGUUGCCGACGUGCGGGAUUCCAGCUGGAUGUGCGCUUCCCAUAAUAUUCAGCUUUCCCUCCAGAUGUUGUGGACUGCAACUCCCACCAUUCCUAACAGCCUUAGGCCCUUUCCCUUUUCCCCUCAGCCUUCUCAGUUCCUUGUGAGACGGGAGUUUUCCCGAGAAGCCAGAUUAGGUUUGAGGACAGAGGGAGUGAAGAAUAGACUGAAGCGGCUGAGGGGGAAAAGGAAGGGGCUGAGGCUGUCAGGAAUGGUGGGAGUUGCAGUCCAAAACACCUGGAGGACCCAAGUUUGCCCAUGCCUAUUCUCUUCUUGCACACCAUUUACGUUAGUCGGAAUCUGAAUGAUAAGUGAUGUUUAUGUAAAACUGGGUUCAUUCUAUAGGUGAGAUUUAAAUGGGAUUUAUGCAGAACCAGGCUCAUUCUGUACAUGAGGUUUAUAUAGAACCAGGCUCAGUCUAUAGCAUAUUUCAGUGAGAUUUCUAUAGGACGACUCAAUCUCAAAUUAAGAUUUCUAUAGGACACUGCUCAUUCUAUAAGCGAGGUUAAUAUAGGACCAGGCUCAAUCUGUAAGUGAGAUUGAUAAAGAAUUAUGCUCAGUCUUUAACUUGAGAUUUCAGUGAGAUUGAUAUAGAACUGGCCUCAUUCUAUAAGAGGUUUAUCUAAAACUAGCUUCAUUCUAUAGAUGAGGUUUGUAUAGAACUGGGCUCAAUCUAUAGGUGGAAUUGAUAUAGAACCGGGCUCAUCCUGUAAGCGAUGUUUAUAUAGAACUGUUCUCAGUCUGUAAGUGGGAUUGAUAUCAAACUGGGCUUAUUCUAUAAGUGGUUUAUGUAAAACUAGGCUCAUUCUGUAGGUGAGGUUUAUAUAGAGGUAUUCUCAAUCCGUAAGUGAAAUUUAUAUCAAACUUUGCUCAGCCUAUAACAGAUUUCAGUGAGACUGAGCUCAUCCUGUAAGUGAGGUUUAUAUAGAACUGUUCUCAAUCUGUAAGUGAGCUUGAUAUCAAACUGAACUCUUUCUAUAGGUGAGUUUUAAAUGAGGUUUGUAUAGAAUUGGGCCUGGUCUAUAACAUAUUUCAGUGAGAUUUCUAUAGGACUGGGUUAAGUCUGUAAAUGAGUUAUCAAUAGAACGCUGCUCAGUCUACAAGUGAGGUUUAUAUAGAACUGGGCUCAAUUUGUGAGCUUGAUAUAGACCUGGGCUCAGUCUAUAAGAGGUUUAUGUAAAACAAGGCUCAUUCUAUAAGUGAGGUUUGUAUAAAAACUGGGCUCAAUCUGUAAGUGGAAUUGAUAUCGAACUUUGCUCAGUCUAUAUCGGAGAUUUCAGUGAGAUUGACAUAGAACUGGGCUCAUCCUAUAAGUGAUGUUUAUAUAGAACUGUUCUCAACCUGUAAGUGAGCUUGAUAUAGAACUGGGCUCAUUCUAUAAGUGAAGAUUAUAUAGAACCAUUCUCUAUCUGUGAGCUUGAUAUAGAACUGGGCUCAUCCUAUAAGUGAUGUUUAUAUACAACUGUUCUCUAUCUGUGAGAUUGAUAUAGAACUGGGCUCAUCCUUUAAGUGAUGUUUAUAUAGAAUUGUUCUCAAUCUGUAGGUGAGAUUGAUAUCGAACUGGGCUCAUCCUGUAAGUGAUGUUUAUAUACAACUGUUCUCUGUCUGUGAGCUUGAUAGAGAACUGGGCUCAUUCUAUAAGUGAGGUUUAUCUAAAACUAGGCUCAUUCUAUAGGCGAUGUUUCUAUAGAACCGUUCUCAAUCUGUCAGUGAGCUUGAUAUAGAACUGGGCUCCUUCUAUAAUAAGUGAGGUUAUCCAUAGCUCAGCGUAGACCUCCCGUGUCAGCAGGCUGCGAAUCCAAUGCGGACACGAGUCGUAUAUGGCGUGGCCCAGUCUUGUGUGGCUUGGCGUGGGCGAGCGUCACUCCACGGGCUCUUCAUGCCUCCCGUUGUUUUUGGUCAAACCCGAAACGCACUCCUCCCAUUUUCCAUCCUGAAGGUAGAGCGUCGCUUUCCUGUCCCUUCCAUCCUCAUCUCACUUGUGACUUUUUCCUUUAAUUCCAGCCCUGAGUUGUUUAUGCUCAUCAGCCUUUUGGCGUCUAAUAAUGGCUUCCCAGUGAAUAUUGCUAGCGGAGGCUCACUUUGGUCCCUGCGGACGUGUGUAAGUAAGAUGUAUUCUUCAGGCCUCAGAGGGUCGGUCCUUCAUUCUUGGAUGUAGUUCAGGUCCGGCUCAACUCGCGGAAAGCUGCCUUUCUUUCUCGCUCACCUCCGUUUCUACACAAAGGAGGGGUGUUAAAACGGGUGCUUAAUCUUGACUGAUGUGCCAAACAUGGACUCUGCAAAAACAAAGCAAACCUUUAGGGACCACUUUAUAUCCUGGUUAAUGUUCCGUAAUUAAGGGUCACUUCGUGGGUGAUGUUUUGGGCUCGUGUUGGAAAGCCGUUUGAGUCUGUCCACUCUCUUCUAGACACUUUUUGGGUUGUUUCCCUCCCAUUUAGAGAAGGAAAAAGGAGUAUCGGAGAGCAUCGAAGCGUCAAAAUAUUUGGGUUGAACAUAAAUGUCCGAACACAAGUGCUUUCUUCUUCCGCCGAUGAAUGUCCUUCCUUCUUUCCGCUUUCAUCGCCUCCGACUUGGGAUUGUAUUCUGACGUCGUUCUAUCUCUUUCUCACGGUCCCUUCUUUGCACCUAUUUGGGUUUUUGUUUUCUUUUUCGGCUCUGUUUUCCCCUUCCUUUGUUUCCCGUGUGCGGAGGCUUCGUCUCUAUGAACUUCUUCCCUUCCUUUGAGAAAGAGAGAAAAAAGCUCUGGCCGCAAACGGGUCUCGCAAACGCUUCUUGAAGCGGCAGCGGCAAUAGCGGAGGCGGAUCGGGCCGCGGGGUGUUUAUUCUUGGUUUUAUUAAAAAAAAGAGAGAGAAGAAACUUUGCUAUUUUCUUACUUCUAUCUGUGCUAUUAUAAUAAGAAAUAAAUAAAUAAAAUGUA